GCUCCCCUUUCCCCCUGGCCGGGCGAGAGGUGUCUAUGGGGCACCCGCUGCCGCCGCCACCGCUACCGCCGCCGCCACUGCCGCCGGGUGCUGUCUCUAUGGCGAGGAGGAGGAGGUGGAGCGCGAGCUCAGCGACGCAAGUAGAUCUUGGCGUACAUAAAUAAGGAUAAAGUAUUUUAUGAAACAAACCUUCAAUCAAGUAUAACAUUUUGAUGCUUGGCAUCUAGACUCUUGUGCCCUCACUAUGCCAGCAGCAACUGUAGAUCAUAGCCAAAGAAUUUGUGAAGUUUGGGCUUGCAACCUGGAUGAAGAGAUGAAGAAGAUUCGUCAAGUUAUCCGGAAGUAUAAUUACGUUGCUAUGGACACCGAGUUUCCAGGUGUGGUUGCAAGACCUAUUGGUGAAUUCAGGAGCAAUGCUGACUAUCAGUACCAACUGUUGCGGUGUAACGUAGACUUGCUAAAGAUAAUUCAGCUAGGACUGACCUUUAUGAAUGAGCAAGGAGAAUACCCGCCAGGAACUUCAACUUGGCAGUUUAAUUUUAAAUUUAAUUUGACGGAGGACAUGUAUGCCCAGGACUCAAUAGAGCUGCUAACAACAUCUGGUAUCCAAUUUAAAAAACAUGAAGAGGAAGGAAUUGAGACCCAGUACUUUGCAGAACUUCUAAUGACUUCCGGAGUGGUCCUUUGUGAAGGGGUCAAAUGGUUAUCAUUUCAUAGGUAAAAAGAUAGCAUUAAAAAUGGUGUUUGACACUGCCUUUGUUUCUGUGUCAGCAGUUUCAGGGUUAGUUUUCAGAAGAAUUGACUGCUAAAUAGUUGUCUUCUGGCCCUGAGUAUCUGUUUGUACUUAAGGGUAAUUUAAUAUUAUGGGAUCCAGUUUAACCUGUGU